CAAUCCAGGGCCACGGCUCACGAGCCACACGCCUCCCCCUCCCCCCCCGCGGCUUGUCCUCUUCCUCGGGCUUUCCCUUUCGUGCAGGACAGCGCAAGCCGAAAAGCUUUCCCCUCCCCGCCGUCGGCUUGCCCCUGCCGCCACCCCCGCUCGCGCACAAAACCCCCCCUCCCAAACCCCGAGCGCGGCCAGCGAACGCCCAUCACACAGCGCACGCUCGUCACGCCACCGCUCCCCACCCAUCCGUGAUCCGUCACCAGCGAGCGGCCCGCGAGGAGGACCCAUGGCGAAGGGAGGAGGAGCGCGCGAGGGCGGCGCCCUGAAGACGGCGGUGAUCGUCGCCGGGGGGCUCGCGCUCGCGUGGGUCACCGUGGAGACUGCCUUCAGGCCCUUCCUCGACCGCCUCCGCGGCGCCGUCUCCCGCAAGACCGACCCCGCCAGCGACCCCGACCAGGAGGAGGCCCCCGCCGCCGCCGCGCCCGAGGCGGAGGAGGAGAAGGCGCCGGCGCCAGAGGAGCGGACCGCGCCGCCGGCCCCCGCCGUCGUGGAGGAGAAGGUCGAGGAGAAGGUGGCCGAGCUGGAGGAGAAGGUGGAGGAGGCCGCCGCCGACAAGGCCGAGUGAAGGGGAUCUCGUCCCUGUCCGGGCCCCCUUCUGAAUAGUAUGCUGUUGGUUCUGUGAAUCUGUUCUGUGAUUUCGGAGCUUGUCGUCAUCAUGGAUGAUGCUAAGUUUGAACCAUAUAUAAUUUCAGUACCUGCAUCUCAGUAAUCGUCUAAGUUUACCGGUGUGGCUGCAUUAGUUUUUGGCCCUUUCCUACCAUUUAGAACAUGUUGAUGGCUUGAUAUGAUAGUGCUUGUAUGCGUGACUGCUGAUUGCUUACUGCAUCAGUUUUAUUCGUGCUAGUGUGAGAUGAUUGCGUGCUGUUGCUACUUU